AUGUUUUAUUCCCAGAAGCCACUCCUCCCUAACAAGGCCUGUUCUGGAAGUGGGCCUGUUACUGUGGUAACCAGAAAGCAGCUAGGCCAGUUCCAUGUUGUGGGUGCCAUGCUAAACCCUCAUCGUCAGUCAGUGCUGACCAACACAUGCAUCAAACCCUCUGGGGACCCCCUUAACCGGACACCUGGCACCAUCUAUGAGCCAAAAGGGCAAGUCCGGCUCUUGGGGCUACUUUCUGAGAGCUCCACUUCCCCUCAGGAGGACUAUCUGGAUGCUGGAGAUGGAAUGCUGAUCUGUAUGAAGCGACCAAACAAGAAGAGCGUCACUUCGAUUGGGAAGGGCUGCUUGGAGCCUGAGAAAUUAGGCGCUAAUGCCACUGACACCUUAGACCCAGAGUCAGAUUCCAAGCCAAGCAGGCAACCCACGCCCCCCACACCAGACCCCAAGGCCAGCUCCCCAAGCCCUUCAACAGCACUUGAGCCGUCUGGACAACCGCGUUCAGGAUCAUUUCCAUUCCAAUGGAUGUGGGAGAGAUUCUCUAUCAAGGGCCAAGCCACUUACCAACACCAAUCCUUAGAGAAGGCUAAGAAGAAGAAUUCCUCCAAGGUUUCCAAGAGCUCUGCUUCUGAGCCUCUCAGCACAUCAGAGCCAGGUUCAGGCUCCACCAGCAGGCAGGGAUCCAGUGAUGUUAAAGACAACUUUUGCCUGGGUGAGUGUGGAACAUCAGAAGGUCCCAAGGAGCUCCGCUAUAAGCAUCAGAAGCGACGCCAGCUCAUGGGCCCAUCUCCUGGGAGUUCCCUUUUGCCUCUCUACUGGAAGAUGGAGGCCCGGUCUGAGGUUCGGAAGCGCCAGCUGCGCCAGGAACGCCGGCACUGGCUCCAGCUUGCUCAGCAGUUACUGAGCCUUGAGGAACGGUCCCCCUGGAGUGAGAAGCGGCUCUCAGCCAAGCAGCUGGAAGAGAAACUGAAAGCAGAACUUCUCUGCCUAGCCACGGAGCCCGUGGAGCCCAGUCCACAAAAGGAGAAAACCAAAGGCAAGACUGCCAAAGAGGAGCCGACAUUCAAACCCACCAUCAACCGCAAGAUCCCCGAUUUCAAGAAUUUGCAGAAGCGUUUCCAAGAUCAACUUGAGCACAAGAAAGAUCAAGCAAAGGUCACCAUCUGUAAGCCUUUCCACCUUACCUCCGUCGGCAGCUCCCAAACAUUCUCUGGGGACGAGGAGAAGCAGGAUCAAGAAGACCCUUUUUACGAGGUUGGCAACAUCUGGAGAGAUCACUGGAGGGCCCAGUCUUGCCCAGACUUUGGCCCUCCUAGUGUUCAUCCAGUGAUGCACACCAAGGCCUCUGAUAAGCGGCAGGAGGCCAACAGACUGCUGCUGCUGGAAUGGGAACGGAGGGAACAGCAGGAGAAGUGGCGAGCCGAGCUGCGCAGGAUCAAGGAACAGCAAGUGCAGCGGGAAGUGGCCAAAUGCCUGGCAGCUUACCGUAGCCCAGGCCACUCUGCCAUGUCAGUCCAAAAAAGGCGAGAGGAACUCCGGAGGCAGGAGAAGCGGCGCAUGGAACAGUACUUCUUGCAGCUACAAGAGAUGCAGGGCCGUGUGGAGAGCAGGCCUUACCUCUUCGAGAGAGUCAUGCAGGCCAAUGCCCGUCAGGCCGUGGAGCGGCGUUUUUCCCAGGUUCUGACCGCUCUGGGUGUCGAUGAAGAGACACUGUGGAAGCACGCUGUCCGGCAGGCUGCUAGGAAAUGCUCUGCCAAGGCCAGGUCUAAGAGAACAGAGUCUACUGAUGACUUCUCAGAGCAAAUCUGACAGAUAGCAGAGAAAGAGAGAGAUCACCAUGGACAGCCAUUG